AAUAGGAAAGCUGCAAAUGGCUCCCCUUUGUUUGUUAUAAAACGUUUGAAGGAAUAUUUUUAAUUAUUAGGUUUAGAAGCCAAAAACAAGUCAGUACAGUGACCAUAAUGACAUGUGUUUGGGGCCGUGUUGGGUCUGUCGCCCACUCAAUUAGGUCCUGCGACUAAUCCUGUCAUUAAACACGGCCAGGUGUCGUUUCUUCGGGCUGGAUAACAAUUAUUAAACAAUUAGCCGCUUCUCGUGUGGUAGUACCCCUUGCUAUAUAUAGAGGAGGAGCUGCUCCAAAAGGGGCUAAAAGUCAUGUAUCCGCGAUUCCUAGACCGCAACUAUCCGCUGGCCAAGCAUCUGUUCUUCGUGACCAGAUACUCGUUUGGCCUGCUGGGCCUGGGAUUUGGCCAGAGGCCGUUGUCGUGGUUCCAGCUCACCUGGCUGGUGUUCAAUUUCGUGAAUCUGGCGCACUGCUGCCAGGCGGAGUUCGUCUUCGGCUGGAGCCAUCUGCGCACCAGUCCCGUCGAUGCCAUGGAUGCCUUCUGUCCGCUGGCCUGCAGUGCCACCACGCUCUUCAAGCUGGGCUGGAUGUGGUGGCGUCGCCAGGAGGUGGCCCAUCUGAUGGAACGCAUUCGGCUGCUCAUCGAGGAGCAGGAGCAUCGGGGCGAUGCCCGCCGAGAUACCGCGCAAAGGAGCUACUACGUGAUGGUCACGAGAUGCGGCAUGCUGGUUUUCACCCUGGGCAGCAUCACCACUGGUGCCUUUGUGCUGCGUUCCCUUUGGGAGAUGUAUGUGCGUCGGCAUCAGGAGUUCAAAUUCGACAUGCCCUUUCGCAUGCUGUUCCCUGAGUUUGCCCAUCGAAUGCCCUGGUUCCCGGUAUUCUAUCUCUACUCCACUUGGAGUGGACAGGUCACCGUCUAUGCCUUUGCCGGAACCGAUGGCUUCUUCUUUGGCUUCACCCUCUAUAUGGCCUAUUUGCUGCAGGCCUUGAGAUACGAUGUUCAGGAUGCCCUCAAGCCACUAGAGGAACCAUCAGUUAGAGAGUGCCACAUCUGUUGUCAGCGCUUGUCGAAUAUCGUGGAUCGUCACAAUGAAAUCGAGAGGAUUGUCCAGAUAUUCUCUGGCAUCAUGGCAGCUCCCACUUUUGUGCACUUUGUAUCGGCCAGCUUGGUGAUAGCCACCAGUGUGAUUGAUAUACUAUUGUACUCUGGCUACAAUAUCAUCCGCUAUGUGGUUUACACCUUCACUGUUUCAUCGGCUAUAUUCCUUUACUGCUAUGGUGGCACUGAAAUGUCCACUGAGAGCCUUUCUUUGGGCGAGGCUGCCUACAGUAGUGCCUGGUAUAAAUGGGAUCGGGAGACCCGCAGGCGGGUUUUCCUCAUCAUCCUGCGAGCUCAACGACCCAUUACAGUGAGGGUGCCCUUCUUUGCACCUUCAUUGCCUGUAUUCACAUCGGUCAUCAAGUUCACUGGUUCCAUUGUGGCUCUGGCCAAAACCAUAUUGUGAAGAAGGCACCAUUAAAAUAUCCAUUUCAACCUCUUGGUUUUUCUUUAAAUUAGUUUGUGG